CAAGUGGUUAGCCAGCUAGCUGUAGCAUUCAAAAACUAAAGGUGGAUACGGACUGCAGUUAAUUCAGGUAACAGGUGUGACUACUAACUUGUGUUCUGACAUUUUCUUAAUCGCUGUGAGUGUAUCUAUUAAGCACUUUGAUUGUUUUGAGACGACAUCCUCGCCGCUUAACUACAAAUGUAAAGUUAAAGCCAGUCUGUCUGUAUGAAGUGCCCAGUGUUAGCUAGCGUCUCUGCACUUCUACGCCACACAUCAAGAAGAAAGUACAAGACAAAGCAAAAAACUCGACUUCUCUUGGUCAGAUUUCCCCCGCUGUCACUGUAGAUAUAUAUAUUUGUAAAAAAAAAAAAAAAAAAAUGUCAGUGCCUUUCUCCAACACUCACCUGCGGGUCCCGCGAGGUUUUGGUACCAUCCUAGAGGGACUGGCCCGAGAAGUCCUGCGAGACCAGCCUGAAGACAUCCCUCAAUAUGCUGCACUGUACUUUGAUGCUCUUCUCAAACAAAGAGAAGAUAGUGGCAUGGACCCUGCUGAGUGGGCUGCUAAACUGGAAGAUAGAUUCUACAACAACCAUGCAUUCAAGACUACUGGGGCUAGUCCUGAAAAAGAGCCUGCAGCAGAGGUGACCAUUUCCAAGUGAGUCUCAACACGUGAACUAUUAACAGCCAGGAGGAUCAACAGGAGAGGGACAGGACGGACAGGAGGGAGAGAAAAGUUCAGGGACGAGUGAAGAAGAAAUGAGAAUAAGAAAUCAUUUGUUUUAUAUGACUAAAAGUUUUCAAUAUAGA